GUCCUCGACCCCUCGGCGGCUUCUCGAGGCCUGCUCCCGCCCAGCGGGCGGCCGGGGAGGCCAAGCGGGGCUGUAGUCCCCCGCUGCCCGCCGGUGUCGGCGGCCCUGCCGCUUGUCGUGCCCGCUCCCGGCCUCCCGUGAGGCGUGAGGCGGUCGGUCCAGGGGGAAGCUGCCCCUUCUGCGGAGCGCUCCGGCGCGGGAGUAAUGGCGAGUCCUUGAAAGGGCGGCGGCUGCUCGUGAUUUGCACAACAACAGCCUUGAUUUUUAGAUUUCUAAACAGAGAACGAAGAAUUAAAAAAAAACCGAAAUUGUUUUAGUGAUCUGCACUGGAAUAUAAUAUGGAGUCAUUGACCUCUUUUGCAUUAAAAGACAAAAUGGUUCAUGCUGAAGCAUUUUCACGUCCUCUCAGCCGGAAUGAAGUGGUCGGAUUAAUUUUUCGUUUAACCAUAUUUGGUGCUGUGACUUAUUUUACCAUUAAAUGGAUGGUUGAUGCCAUUGAUCCGACCAGAAAGCAGAAAGUAGAAGCUCAGAAACAGGCUGAAAAACUAAUGAAGCAAAUUGGAGUGAAAAAUGUCAAGCUUACUGAAUAUGAAAUGAGUAUUGCUGCACAUCUUGUAGACCCACUUAGCAUGCAUGUAACCUGGAGUGAUAUUGCAGGCUUAGAUGAUGUUAUUACUGAUUUGAAAGACACUGUCAUUCUGCCUAUCAAGAAGAAAUAUUUGUUUGGGAAUUCCAGGCUCCUACAGCCACCAAAAGGAGUUCUUCUCUAUGGCCCUCCUGGCUGUGGCAAAACUCUGAUUGCCAAAGCCACAGCUAAAGAGGCCGGGUGCCGAUUCAUCAACCUCCAGCCUUCGACACUGACCGACAAGUGGUAUGGAGAGUCUCAGAAACUGGCUGCUGCAGUCUUCUCCCUUGCUGUCAAGCUCCAACCAUCCAUCAUUUUUAUUGAUGAAAUAGAUUCCUUCUUACGAAGUCGGUCCAGUUCUGACCAUGAAGCCACAGCUAUGAUGAAAGCUCAAUUCAUGAGUCUCUGGGAUGGGCUGGACACAGAUUGUAACUGUCAAGUCAUUGUGAUGGGAGCCACCAACCGUCCUCAGGAUCUUGACUCUGCAAUCAUGAGAAGAAUGCCAACACGCUUCCACAUCAACCAACCUGCUCUGAAACAAAGAGAAGCAAUCUUGAAGCUGAUUUUGAAAAAUGAAAAUGUGGACAAGCAGGUAGAUCUCCUAGAAGUUGCUAAAGAAACUGAUGGCUUCUCAGGCAGUGAUCUGAAGGAAAUGUGCCGGGAUGCAGCACUCCUCUGUGUCAGGGAAUAUGUUAAUUCUGCCUGUGAAGAAGAAACCCAUGAUGAAGAUGAAAUCCGGCCUGUGCAGCAGCAGGAUCUCCACAGGGCAAUUGAGAAGAUGAGAAGAUCAAAGGAUGCCACACUGCAGAAUGUUUUGAUGCAUGUUAGUUUAGAUUAAGACAAAAGAAUGUGUUUGCAGUUUCUGAUGUGAUUUAGUUUGACUUUCCAUAAUCAGUUAGCAAAAGUAAUGUCAGGGUGGGAGCGGGGAUGUUCUUUGGAAAAGGGAGUUCAGUUUCUGGAGUUGUUUUUAUACAACAAAUUCUUAAGUUAUUGAAAAUUUGUCAUGCCACAGCUACAAGUGUAACAAUAGAUCAUGAAGUGGAACAAUUAUAGCCCAGACCAAGAGCAAUUGCCUGUGUCUUGUCUCAUAAUCAGUACACACUGUUUAGCCUUAACACAGGUUCCGAGCUGGAUCACUGCUGCAGAGGGGAGGCCAUCCACCACCAUUGUUUGUAUAGAUGUUUGAGCAUGUGUAUGUAUUCAAUGUAUAUAUCCACACAUUUUUUAUAUACAUACAUAAUCUGUAGAUAACUUGGGUACAGAAAAUCUUUUCUACUUACUGAGUCAAACCAAAUCAGAAAAUGUCUAGAUUAAAUAGUCAGCAGUACUCAAUUCACAUUUACUUCCUCAUUUUAGCAGCAAAUACAAAGAUAGAAAUUCUGCUUCUAGAAUAAUUUUCAAGCAAAAUUUGCAAUGUUACUGAAUUUUUUUUUGCACUACCACUUGAAAUCUGCUGCCAUUUAGUAAAGAUAGUAAACUACUGUAAAAAUGUUUGAAUAUUUUUCUUUUUGUAUGAAUUAUACUUUUUGAGGCUUUCUAAAUGAAUACUGGUUUUAUUUUUAUUUUUCCUUUGAUGUGAAUAAUUAGAGUAGAAUCUUAACUGGUCUUUCAUAAAGCUCCACCUAUUAUAAGCUCUCUGAAACUGUGGCUUUCUGAUCCUUUAUGCAUUGCAAUGAGGGCUUGCUGCUAUUUACCCUCCACUGGGAGACCUACUGCUGCACCGUGGCAUCAUACCAGGAGUGUCACAUCCAUAGCUCUGAGGCAUGGGGGCACCUUGCACGAUGCUCUGUCUCAUGCUCUGGUCUGCAAAACUGAAAGAAGGGAACGGGUUUUAGAAUUAUAAAUGUGAUUUAGCAAUGUUCUGCUUGUGCUUCAUGGCAAGAGUUUUGGUAAAUUCAUGUAAUGUUACAUCUUGAUAGAGGCAAAGGGUUGCAAAAGUGUUUUGGUAAAGUUAUUGUCAGUAGGUUUUCAAUACUUUUCUUUUUCUUCCUAUAAUAUCAUUUAUUGUGCACUAGUUCACCACAAAUAGGUAAGAGGAAUUGUUCAACCCCCUGGGUGGUACAUUGUGUCAUAGCUCUGGAAGCACGGAAAUGCUGUGAACAAAAAGAUGCAGAGUAAAACAAGGACAGCUGAGCCAGCCCUUCUGCAGUGUCUGGUGCUGAUGCCCAUUUCUGUGAAGCAUUCUCACCCAUAUCCUUUUGUCUGGCAUGUUAGUUGUGUAAAGUGCUAGCUCCAGUUUUAGUUUUACCCAGUUUAAUCUCCUUGGGCACUGAACAUGGGUUGUUGUUUGUUUUUUUUCUAUUUAUCACUUUGCUUUUUGAUAUGUAGUCAAUGCAUAUUGCUCUAACACAAGGAUGUAGGUAAUAGGGCACACCAGAAACUACUGGGCUAUGAAAAUCUAAAGUCUGGUACAUGGACUGCUAGCCCUGCAAGUCACAUUAGUGGCAGGGUGAAAAGCAGUGCUGUAAGACAGUGCAGGUCUGGGAGAGCCUGAAUCCAAAGAUUAGCCUUAAAAUUAAAUGUGUAAAUACUGCUCCUUACCAGAAGCUGAUUUCUUGAGAGGUGUAAACUGUGUGUGCCAAAUGAGGCUCUCCAGCUCCUCAGUUUCUUCUCAGUGCCUGCUCUGAAGUUCUCCCAGCCUCUCUUGGUAGUUGUUACACCUAGGAAAUGCCAGCCUGGUCCUGCAGCUCCUGCCUUUUCUAGGGGUGCUUCCUACUGGGUAAAGAACUAGUGCAGGCAGCUGAAGAUGCAUUGCCUUGAUUUGCUUUAAUAGAAUGAGUGUAAAAUUUGUUCUCAAGAGAGUUUAAACAUCAAACUGAGAGCAGGAGAGUAGGAACAAACCUUUGGCUGUUUGUAGAUGCUGGGGGCCUUCUCUAGCCACCAGCCCAGCUUUGAUCCCCUUGUAGUGUCCCUCCCAAACCUGGCUGGGGACAUGCUGGCUGGGUCCUGCCUUUGCCUCACUCAUUAAUGCAUUGCUGCAGGCUUGGUUUGAAGAGGCAAAAGCAACAACAUUUGGUUAAUUUUAAACUGAGGACAGUUCCCAUAGAGUGCAAUACCUGCUUUUCCAAGGACUUUUCCAUAGUUCUUGCUGCCUCUUUGGGAGUCCUUGUCCAAGCACAAAUCCUCCUGGCAGCUUGCUAGAAAAUCUGGGGAAGCACAUGGUUUAUCCUGCAGGAAUGUGGCCACUUGAGUUCCAUGUCUCCAGGAGUUGGGCUCCUUGCUGCCAUCUCCAGCCUGGUGGCAGCUCUGGGCCAAGUGUUGCCCCUGACCUGGGACACUGGGGCCAAAUGCUCAAACCCAGCCUUUUGUCACAGGUGGAGGCUGAGGCCUGCUCAGACUCUGCUGCUGAGCUCCAUGUUGUAACCCAGUGUUUCAUGUGAGAAAUGGGUCAUUCUUGGGGGUUUAAAGGUCAAAUUCUUUGGCAGGAAGAUACACAGACAUUCCCUGCAGGCACGUGCUUUGUGUGGGUCCUGUUCAGCCGUAGCUGUCUCUGGUAGAGUUGUGUAGCACAGACCAUCCCUAAAACGUCUGUGGGCUGUACAGCUCACUGCAGCACAAGCAGAAACCUUUGGAGUGGUGGUGAAUAAACGUGGUGUUUGUGCUCUC